AUGGUGAGAAAGGUGACCGCAUCGGAGAUCCUCCAGCACAACAAGACGGACGACCUAUGGAUUGUUGUUAAUGGAGAGGUAUAUGAUAUGACUGAAUUCGCACCUGAGCAUCCCGGCGGGCAAGAGAUUAUACAUAAAUUUGCUGGAAAGGAUGCCACUGAAGAUUAUGGUCGGGUACACUCGCCUUCAUUGAUCCGAGAGACUCUGGGAGAGAAAGGCCAUAUCGGAUCCCUAGAUGAAUCCACUAUAACAGAAGACUGGAAAGCCGCCAAUCAACCCUCAACCCAAACUGCUUUGGUGAAGUUAGGCGAGAAGCCGGCACUCGGUGACAUUUUCAAUAUGGAUGACUUCGAAAAGGCGGCGCAUAUAGCCUUAUCCGAGAAGUCUUGGGGAUAUAUCCGGGGAGGAUCGAAUGAUAACAUCACACGAGACGCCAAUAGUUCCAUGCUUCGCCAGAUCUGGUUGCGCCCAAGAGUCUUACGCAACGUCGGUACUGUGACAGCACGCACGAAGCUUUUUGGAUGUGACCUUGACAUGCCCGUCUUUAUCUCACCGACUGGCGCUGCACGAGCUGGAGGUGCCGAGGGUGAACUGACGUUGGCUCGAGGAGCUAAUUCGGCGGGAAUCGUUCAUUGUUUCGCGACCCCCUCGUCAUAUACGCAUACAGAAAUCUUAAACGAGACCAAGCGGCAAGCCUUCUUUCAGCUGUACGUGGACAAGAACCGUGAUAAAUCUGAAGCUGCCAUCCGAACGAUCGAGGCUAGCGGUAAAGUGAAGGCUAUUCUCCUGACUGUUGAUGUCCCUGUCAUCCCUAAACGGGAAGACGACGAGCGUGUAAAGUCAAAAGAACAGAUGGCAGUAUCUGGAAUUGGAUCGAAUUUUGAAACCGAGACGAGCGACAAGAAAGGUGCCGGUUUUGCGCGCCAAGCAGCGUCGUUUAUCGACCCGACGACGAGCUGGGAUGAUCUCAAGUGGCUACGGAGCAUCACGCAGCUACCAAUUGUUAUCAAAGGCAUUCAGACCGCAGCAGAUGCCAUUAUGGCUGCGAAGAUGGGAGUUCAGGGCAUUGUCAUCAGUAACCACGGCGGUCGCGCAGCGGAUACAGCACCGCCUUCUAUUCUUGUCCUAUUAGAACUUCAGAAGCAGUGUCCUGAGAUAUUCGCCCAGCUUGAGGUUCUGAUCGAUGGCGGAUUUCGACGAGGGUCGGACAUAGUCAAAGCUAUUUGCCUGGGCGCAUCUGCAGUUGGGCUGGGCAGGCCGUUCCUCUACUCCCUCAGCUACGGCCAAGAGGGUGUAGAGCACGCAGCAUGGAUUCUUAAAGAAGAGAUCGAGACGGCGAUGCGUCUAUGUGGCAUGACGGAUUUGAUGAGAGACGCACAUCCGGAUCUUGUAAACACUAGCAGUCUUGACUUCAUGGUUCCUGGACUUAGACAUCCAUACGCGCGCAAAGUUGAUAAAUCAGCUGGAUGGCUAAGCUCGCUACGAUCAAAGUUGUAG